AUGGACGCGUCGAGUGGUAGCCUGCGGCCCGCAGAAUUUGGAGAAUGCAGGGCCGCAGAAGGGAAUGGUGAAGCGCUUGAGGAGUUGUCAUUUUGGAUUGUGUUAUCACAGGAGGGACAACUCAAGGUCAAGGGAUGGGUGAUGUGGGAAGCUUCAUGGCCAGCGUGUCAAAGCCACUUGAGCUGUAGAUGUUUGACAAGCACUGAGAAUUUGUUGGCUACCGUAUCAAAUUUCCAUAUCAUCAUCAGCCUUGCCUUCCCCACAACUUCGACAUCCAAGAGCAUUCAACUCCAUGCCGCACCACUUCUGGAUCCGAACGUCAACAAGAACGUAAGGACCGCGCAUACAGCCCUGACUGUACUUGCGCGAACAUAUGCCUUCAUCAAGAUGUCGUUCAAGCUCAAGUUGAAUGUCAACACCGCUGUCCCUUCCACCACCUCGCUCGCAACUCCUGCUCUCGCCACGCCUUUAGCAACACCUGGCGGACGACCGAAACUGAAGAUCACGAAUAAAUCUGUGCCCCCUACACCUGCUACUGGAGAAGAGCUGGUAAAGGGCAAGAAGACCAAGGCAGGCAGAGCCCCGAAGCCGAGCGCGAAGGUCGUUGAGAGUCGAAAGCGCGUCAAGGAAGAAAGCGAUACCGAGGGAGAGGGGUCUACAAUCCAGGUUGCAGCACCUGCAGCCACCCAGGUCUCGGCACCGCCAUCGAAGAAGAUCAAGCUCAGCAUUGGAGGUCCGAAGACACCUGCUACUCCCGUUGUACUCAAGGCCAAACUCAAGGGCAAGCCGCCGGUUCGACCUUUGGGAGAGGGAUAUGAUUCAGAAGCUAGCGACCGCGAGGAGGACCCAGCGAUCGAGGAGGAGUUCGUUUUGCGAAUGGCUCCAGGAGACGAUUGCGACUACUUGAGAGAAAUGAUCAAUAAGAAGCUGAUUGGUACAGCGAAGUCACAAGGUGGACCAGAUAUUCACAUGAAGUUCUUCCUCGACGGACGCCGGGCAGCUAUCACGAUUCGAAAGAACGUUUAUGCGGCUACACUAGUUGACCUACCGACUGUCAUUGAGGGGAUGAAGAGUUGGGACAAGAGAAAUUGGUUGAAGAGUGCGGAUAUUUGCCAAAUGCUUUGGGUGUUUGCGCCGAUCAAGAAGGAAGAAGAAGCUAAGACUAUCCCAUUACCAGCCGCCGUUGAUGAAAAGACACACCAAUUCCCCCACGGUCUGACACCUCCUAUGCAAUAUGCUCGUCGAAACCGAUUCCGACAUCGCCUCCACAAGACACAAAUCGAAGAAGUCGAGGAUGAGGUGAACAGGCUUCUGGCGGCUGACUUAGACGCCUCCGAGACCUACGCUACGUUUAUUGAUCCGGACGUGGACGAUAGACGCGCGAGUCAAGCAUUGAGUCCUGGUAGCAGUGGUGGAGACUAUGAUAUGGGCGAGCAGCUAUACUCAGAAGAUGAAGAUGCGGAAGGAGAGGCGGAUGAGACUGAGUACUUUACCGGCAAUCAUCACGGGAAUAAUCUUGAGGAAACUCAGGAAGAGGAGCCUGAGGGGGAUAUCUUUGAUCUGGAUGCUGCCCUGGCUGAUCAUGUUGAACCUGACACACCCAUGUCGACUGCAGAAGCAACACCUUCCCAGGCGAACGGAGCCGCAGGUACUCCCAUAGAGGAUAGCGGGGAUGAAUCACCGGAGGAUGAUGGUGAUGAUGACGACGAAGACGAAGAAGAGGAGAUUGAUGAAGAGGAGAAGGCAAGGUUGGCACAGAUUGAAGGCACGAGGGAAGACAUUGCCGAUCUGGAGAAGCAGAUUGCCAAUGUGCAGGUUCAGUGGACUGCCCAGUCGAAUCAACUUCUGCGAAGGCGCUUGGAGGAUAAUUUGAGAAAGCUCAAGCAAGAAUUGCAGCUGAAGAAGUCCUCGAUUGGAGAGGGCGAGGAGAAUGAAUGA